UCCAUUUUCAAAUUCAGCCAAUUCCAAUGUCUUGUACUUUCUGAAUGAACUGAAUGUAAAUGGAACCCCAACCCUUAAUCUGUAUCUGUUUCACCUCCUUUCUCAUCUCUCAGGAGAAACUGUUUCACAUCUCUCUCAGUCUGCACAGUUUCUCCUGACCCCUGUAUCUGUGUCUGUUUCACAUCUCUCUCAGUCUGUACAGUUUCUCCUGACCCCUGUAUCUGUGUCUGUUUCACAUCUCUCUCAGUCUGCACAGUUUCUCCUGACCCCUGUAUCUGUGUCUGUUUCACAUCUCUCUUAGUCUGUACAGUUUCUCCUGACCCCUGUAUCUGUGUCUGUUUCACAUCUCUCUCAGUCUGUACAGUUUCUCCUGACCCCUGUACCUGUGUCUGUUUCACAUCUCUCUCAGUCUGUACAGUUUCUCCUGACCCCUGUAUCUGUGUCUGUUUCACAUCUCUCUCAGUCUGUACAGUUUCUCCUGACCCCUGUAUCUGUGUCUGUUUCACAUCUCUCUCAGUCUGUACAGUUUCUCCUGACCCUGUGUCUAUAAAAGAGAACAGCACUGUGGACGUUCUAGUAGCCAGAAUCACCUGUAGUGAUGAUGUUCAGCUGACCGUCACGGAGAACCCUGCGGAGGCUUUCUACCUGCGGGGGACGGACCUCAUCGCCAAGAGAGGACUGGACUUUGAGUCUCUGCCCCGUGUGGAUGAUGCUCUGUGGGUCCGGGUGCGCUGCAACAGAACUGGCUCCAGAUCAGUGAGUAGUAGUGAUGACAUGUCUCAUGGUCAUGGGGCUGUGGGUCCGGGUGCGCUGCAACAGAACUGGCUCCAGAUCAGUGAGUAGUAGUGAUGACAUGUCUCAUGGUCAUGGGGCUGUGGGUCCGGGUGCGCUGCAACAGAACUGGCUCCAGAUCAGUGAGUAGUAGUGAUGACAUGUCUCAUGGUCAUGGGGCUGUGGGUCCGGGUGCGCUGCAACAGAACUGGCUCCAGAUCAGUGAGUAGUAGUGAUGACAUGUCUCAUGGUCAUGGGGCUGUGGGUCCGGGUGCGCUGCAACAGAACUGGCUCCAGAUCAGUGAGUAGUAGUGAUGACAUGUCUCAUGGUCAUGGGGCUGUGGGUCCGGGUGCGCUGCAACAGAACUGGCUCCAGAUCAGUGAACGUGUCUGUUGAAGUUUUCAUUGAAAAUGUGAAUGAUAAUCCUCCAAACUUCGCUCAGAGUCAUUACGUUCUCCAGGUGAACGAGCUGACUCCUGUGAACACCAGUGUUGGUCGGAUAGAGGCCACAGACAUUGACUCUGAGCCACUGUACUAUCGUUUAGAGUCAGCCACGAACAGGUAUCUACGACUGGAGAAUGCCAACACCCCCAACAUACUGGUACAAAACAUCAUCGACUACGACUCCGUCCAAAAGAUCUCCCUGGUCUUACAUGUACAGGACACGUAUAACGUUUCUGAGUCCGGCGAGCCUUCGUUCACUGCCGUGGUGACCAUCACGGUUAACGUGAAGGACAUUGACAACCGUCCACCGUGGUUCCAGCCCUGUGUCAGAACCAACCUGGGGAUAGCCAAACUGUGUGUCAGCUCCGGCUACAGGGCAAAGGUCAACCUCACAGAGAAAGAGGACGGUGCCUUAUCUCUGGAGCCUGGUCCGUUAUACGCCAAGGAUGGAGACAGAAACAGGAGUGAGAUGAUCAACUACAGGAUCAUUAGAGGGAAUGAAGGCAGCAUCUUCCAGAUCGAUGAGGAGACGGGGAACAUCUCCAUGGCCAAAGCGGCAGACAUAGCAGGCCCAAUAACCCUCACUGUCCUGGCCUCCCAGGUCACCAACAGGGACCAGUUUGCGGUGACUCAAGUCACCAUCGAGGUGCUGAGGAAGAGCAGGAACCCUCCGCGGUUUGAGAAGGAGCGUUAUGAAGGUUACAUCUACAGUAACUCAGUCCCAGAGACCAUGAUUCUACGAGACAGAACCUCCAACAGACCCUUCAGGGUCAGGGCCAGAGACGAGGACUUUGCCACCGGUGUAAACCCAGACAUGAGAUAUGAGGUGCAGUACAGCAGUUAUGUCAACGUGACAAACGAAGGGUUUGUUCUUCUGAAGAGGAUUGUGAAGACAGAGUCCUUCGCUCUGCAGAUUCGUGCUAUGGACCUGUCUACAGGGGAGUUUGGUACAGCGGCCCUCUCUGUCCUGGUUAUACCAGCUGUGGCGGUUCCUUUGCCCUCGGGGGCAGGGUACCGGGCGGGGGACAUGGCUCUUCUGGGAUUGAUCAUGGCAGCCAUCUUGGUUCUCUGCUUCAUCGUGAUUGGUUUCCUGAUCUCCCGCCUGAAGAAAGGAGGCGCCAACCUGGAUAAGAUAACUGAGUGUCUGGCUCCAUGUCUGAAGAUGACAAGGCCCCAAGGGAGACCCAAGGACACCCUGCAGUACACCAACGAUGGCUACCAGGGUACCGAGGGUGAUGCCCUGCGCUGCAGACCCAGACGCCCAGAGCCGGUAGACAAGAGGGGCCGAGGUGCUACUGUCCCUGGGGACAGAGGCAGAGCCAUCCCCCUGGAGCGACGCCGGAGCGACCGCCACUGUGGCUUCUGCGGCCUGUACGCCAACCACAACGCCAAGCCCGGCCCGGCCUGCAGCCCUGCUAUGGGGGGUGGGAGAGGAGAAGGAGGAGACAAGGACGGGGUGAGGUCCAUCCUCGCCAAGGGGGGGAGGAAGGAAGGAGGGAAGUCAGUGUGGUUUAAGGAGAACGAGGAUGCGUCUGGGAUCGAGGUGGAGAUCAUCCCGGAUACUCUGGGUCAGGAGGAGGAGACUGAGGAGGAGGUGUUGGACAUGGAGGAGGUGGAGGAGGGAGACAGGAGCAUGUCUAGUCAGACAGAGAUCGAUGGUGGGCAUGGGGACCAGGAGAGCCGUGGAGAGUCUGAUUCAGCUGCUAAAGAGGAAAAAGAGAAGGAGGGUUGAGAGGAUAUCUGGGUGAAUUCAAUAGGGAGAUGAUAGCUAGGUUAUAUUCUAUAGGGAGAGUAUAUCUGGGUUAUAUUCUAUAGGGAGAGGAUAUCUGGGUUAUAUUCUAUAGGGAGAGGAUAUCUGGGUUACAUUCUAUAGGGAGAUGAUAUCUGGGUUAUAGUCUAUAGGGAGAUGAUAUCUGGGUUAUAUUCUAUAGGGAGAUGAUAUCUGGGUUAUAUUCUAUAGGGAGAGGAUAUCUGGGUUAUAUUCUAUAAGUAGAGGAUAUCUAGGUUAUAUUCUAUAAGGAGAGGAUAUCUGGGUUAUAUUCUAUGGGGAGAGGAUAUCUGGGUUAUAGUCUAUAGGGAGAGGAUAUCUGGGUUAUAUUCUAUAAGUAGAGGAUAUCUAGGUUAUAUUCUAUAAGGAGAGGAUAUCUGGGUUAUAUUCUAUGGGGAGAGGAUAUCUGGGUUAUAUUCUAUAGGGAGAGGAUAUCUGGGUUAUAUUCUAUAGGGAGAGGAUAUCUGGGUUAUAGUCUAUAGGGAGAGGAUAUCUGGGUUAUAUUCUAUAGGGAGAGGAUAUCUGGGUUAUAUUCUAUAGGGAGAGGAUAUCUGGGUUAUAUUCUAUAGGGAGAGGAUAUCUGGGUUAUAUUCUACAAGGAGAGGAUAUCUGGGUUAUAUUCUACAGGGAGAUGAUAUCUGGGUUAUAUUCAAUAGGGAGAUGAUAUCUGGGUUAUAUUCUAUAGGGAGAUGAUAUCUGGGUUAUAUUCUAUAGGGAGAGGAUAUCUGGGUUAUAUUCUACAAGGAGAGGAUAUCUGGGUUAAAGGCACAAAACAGAAGAAAACAGAGUAAAACAGGAAGGUGUCUGAAGAUGUACAGUACGAACAGACCGCUCUAAAGAACAUACCCCAGCCGUAAGAGAAAUGGAGUUUCCAUCAUCAUGGGAAAACCUGACUAUUAUACUAUGGACAUCCCAGAGUGGGAUUCUGGAACAUGGACAUUAGUUCACACAGAUUGGAGGGAAUUACCCUUUUUGGAUAAGUGUGUGUCUACAUCAUGUGGCUUCCAUCGCACUAUGGUGAGAGAUUCCUUUCAAUAUAUGGGGAGACAUUCCUUUCAAUAUAUGGGGAGAUAUUCCUUUCAAUAUAUGGGGAGCUAUUCCUUUCAAUAUAUGGUGAGACAUUCCUUUCAAUAUAUGGGGAGCUAUUCCUUUCAAUAUAUGGUGAGACAUUCCUUUCAAUAUAUGGGGAGACAUUCCUUUCAAUAUAUGGGGAGACAUUCCUUUCAAUAUAUGGGGAGACAUUCCUUUCAAUAUAUGGGGAGACAUUCCUUUCAAUAUAUGGGGAGCUAUUCCUUUCAAUAUAUGGGGAGCUAUUCCUUUCAAUAUAUGGAGAGCUAUUCCUUUAAAUAUAUUGUGAUUUAUUCAAUAUAUAAAAGACAAUUUCCAUGAAGUACCACAAGAAGGGGAUCAAGUUGGAUACAAUUUCUUUUUAACUUGGUAUCUUUUAAUGAUCGUUCUGAGAGCGAAUCCAUCAAGUCCUUGGGAAAGAUUUUAUGAGUAUUACUAAUGAGGGAAAAAAACAAAUCCUAUUUAAAAUGUGGACUUUUUUUUUUUUUUUUUUUUUUU